AUGGGCAGCACGAGGAGUCCAUUUUUGAGGCUGGACAUCCGAGCGGAGAAGCCGUACACCCUUGUGGGACACGCAACGGACACACCGUUGUGGGCGCACAGGGCAGAGAUCAGUACAGUGGUGGUUUUGGGCGCCCUCUUUGAGCAGCUACAGCAUUGGGUCAGAGAGCACUUGGACCACUCGGGCGACAAAGUGGGAAUGCAAAUUAUGGAUGUCCUUUUCAGGGAGUUCUCUGGAUUGGGCUUCAUAGGCAUGUUCCUUUUCCUGGUGACACAGAGCCACAUCACUGCUGAUGUCUUGGGCAAGAAGGUUUUUGGACAUCAUUUGGAUAAGAUGGGCACUGAAGACCCAAUUGCUGAAUCCUUCGAAACCGUCCACAUGAUGAUUUUCCUGCUGAUGGCAGUUCUUCUUUUCCAGGCCAUGGCCAUGCUGCGUGUGACGCAGGGGGUGAUCGAGACCUGGGGCCGCUACGAGCGGUGUCGCUCCUGGGGGCUGCGCCAGGACUCCUUGGAGUCUCUCUUUUGCGAUGGGGGCUACUUGGAGCGGGUGGCUUCAAAGACCGCACCCCGAGGUUUGGAGCUGAAAUUCCGAGAGGACUUCACCUACCAAGAGCCCUUCUUGCAAUGGAUGAUGCUUCACCAUGACUUGCUUCAUAAUUUGGUGAUGUGGAGAGCCAUCCGCCAUCAGUUCAUUUUUGGUCGACGGUCAGAGGUGAAGAGUGGACAGAUUUCAUGCCCACGGCAGUUUAGUUUUGAGUCCUAUCUUCGUGAACGCUUGGGUCACAUCGUCGUUUGCGUCGUGGAGGUGGAUCGGAACAUUUGGCUGAUGACCUUGUUGGUCUUAACGCCUUCAGUCUUAUGCUGUGUGUCGAUGGACAUCUUCCAUGUCGGAGAGUUCCUUUGUUUGAGCGCCUACUUCUUGUUGGCCAUGGGUGUCCUGAUCGGCCACAUCCUGGAGACAGAUACCUUGUGGCUCACCCCCAUCUUGCCAACAGAUGCACGCAAAAUACUGAUUCUCUUCUCUGGCACAAGCACUUACAUGCUCAUGAAGCAGUAUGAUGCCUCCACCCUGAAUGCUGAGCUCAAGUUCGGCGCCCCCGGCCUGCAAGGUUUAGAAGCUCAGGAGGUCGAGUUGGGCAAGCCCCCGGUCAGCGAUCCCAAGCGCUUGCGAUUGACGUCUUCCAGGUAUGCCUUCUUGUUUGAACUGCUGGCAUUCUGGCAGGCCAUCCAGGUGACGUGUUUGGUGCUCUACUACUUGACGGUCUCCUUUGACAAUUGGCACAGUGUCCUGUUCUAUGCCUUGGCCUGGGCGGAAUGGCCCUUGAUGCUGUUUGGUGUCAUGCCGGUGUUGCUGGAGCGGCUGACACUCCGAAGUUCUAUUGGUGAAGAGACAGAUGAGAACCUCGUAAGAAUGGUGUCAUUGGAAACAAAGGCAAUGAUGCUCAGGUAUCAUGUCCGCCUCGCACAGCUCAAGGGCUUUGAGGAGCGCCAGGAGCACCAGGAGCGUCAGCAUCAGGAGAAGAGGCACCGCCGGUGGACCAGGAACGGCGCCCAGGGCCGUGUGACCAAGACCUUGAAGUCUCCAGUCCGUGUCGCCGCGCGCGCCGUUCGACUCUUCAGGCAUAGCCCAGCACAAGUCAGAGCAGAGAUCACUUGGCAGCGAGGGCUACGGGUGUUUCGGUCUUUGCCCUACAGCGAGCAAUUUGAGAUUGAGCAGAUCUUCAGCAGCCUGGAUAUCAACAACAACGAGGAGGUGAUGCUCCAAGACCUUGCUGCUCAUUGGAAGGCAAUGGGCUUUUCUCAUGCCAUGGACUCUGCGGAGAAGUUGUUGGCCAGCAUCGACUACGAUGGGAGCGGACAGCUCACCUGGAGCAAGUUCCAAGCUGUGGCCGCGCUGGCCUGGAAGAUGGGAGGAGAAGCCGCCCCACCACAGACUCCACGGUACUCCACAACAGUCCCAUGGAAUCUACGAUGCAGGAUUACGGUCUUCGAAAUUGCCAGUUGGUUGGAAGGCAUGAAGAGUGGCAUGACAGAAGUGGAUGUGGCUAGCUUGCUGUAUCAGCAUUUUGGUCAGGCAGCAUUGUACCGGCCGUUGCGAUGA